AUGGCAGCAAUUUAUCAAGCGUAUUGUACAUGCAUUCUACCAUCGUCACGUCAGCCAUCACCAGCCUUGUCACGGCGUGCGCAGUAUCUACCGCAGCUUAACGGCAGUGAACAGCAGCGUGCGACACCAUUAGCUGGUCCAAUUCCACAGCCAGAUCAAAGUUCACGACAGCGCGCAUUCCUGGAUGACAUAAUUGCUCGUCGAGCAAAACUGGUGCAGGUUACAUAUGAUCGAGUUGCUCAAAAUCCAAAAGAAUUAACCGUCUUGAAUGAUAGUAAGAACUGGUGGGAAUGUACAAAUGUUCAUCAUCGUGCCGGUUAUGUGCCGCAUACUAUUUUAUCAGUUGUAAACGUUGACCGCAACAGUUCCCCUCAGUCACUGCCACCUCAAGACCCGUCUGUACAUCUGGAUCGAAUGUCUUCGUCACAAGGGAACGCAGUAAAUCGUGGAGCACCGUCACCGCUGAGUCCUCGACCAGGCAUGAUGAGUGACGAUACACCGGAGUAUAUCAAACAACGUCAAGGCAAGCGAGGGGAAUUCAGAUAUUUUUAG